AUGGACAUGAACACGAACUUGACUAUCACUCAUGACGAGAAAGAUUGCAUAAUAACAAGUGAGGGACAACAUAUUGGUCUCAACUAUGACGACGCUGUUAAGUUGCAUGUGCGUGAAGCAACAUUUAAUGAAAUAGCCAACACCAAUGUCAGAGUUAAUGAAGGUGAAUGUGUGAUUAUGCGUUACAACCUCCUUAGCACUGUGAAUCCAGCAAUGAUUCAAGCAGAACACUAUAUUCCUAGUGACUAUGAUCUGUUCGCAAAGGGUAAUUUGCCAAAAUACCUGCAGGACGAUAUCCUCAUCUUUGUUUCGGAGGUGUUCAUCAUGUUUGCUCGCAUCUCAGACUCCUGGAGCAUGAUAAAAACAUACAAGAGUGUGAUGUGCAUUUUGGGAAUAGUACAAAGGAAUAUGGACAGCAAGUACAGACCAGAUGGAUACCUAUUGUUCCCUAUGGGCAAGUUUGAUAUACAGAUUUACAGGUCCUGCCCUAACAGACAACGCCGGGGUUUGAUUAUUGACACUAUAAAAACCUGGAACAAAGGUCAAUUCUCCAAGGUUCCCACCGAAAAGCCGCUCUUAGGCGGAUUUGUCGUCGACAAAUACCGGGUCUUGGAUGCACACUGGAGCCCGACUAGUCGCCCGCUGAGAGUUGCAGUGCAACGAUGGUGCGUGCCCGGUAAGCCUAUCGAGCCGAGGGUGAGGAUUUACAGUCAUGGGGUAAUGAAGGACAUCACAGUACCUGGUCGCACGGGUCUUUAUUUUCAACCGACAGAGACAUUUCAGCAUAUUGCUUACAUACAAUGGAGGCAGCAGUCUUUACAAGCUGCGCAACAAAGCCAACAUAUUGCAGAGUCUGAGAGUCAUAGGGCCGAGAGUCAGAUAGAAAGAAAACCCCGCAAAUCUAGUCACGAGCACCAGAGUCAGAUUUGA